AUGUCCUACUCCACCGCCCUCUUCGCCCUCCUCACCGUCCUCCCAUCCGCCUUUGCCGCAGUCACCUCUGGCACCACCUACGCCAUCUCCCCCGCCCAACAUGCUGGCAUGUGUAUCGCGCCCAAGUCUACCAAGGAGGGCGCCAAGCUCGUCUUGAAGGACUGUGACGAGGACGACACCACAUGGCUGUGGACUGGAUCUGCCCUCCAGAACACCGCCACCAACAUGUGUGUCGACAUUCCCGAUGAGGGCAAGUGGUCUGGAAACCACGCACAGGUCUGGGGGUGCUACCCUUGGAACACCAACCAGCAGUACACCAUCGAGGGUGCCAUGAUCCACUGGGACGACUUUUGUCUCGACUUGGUCGACGGCAAGUCUACUGCGGGCACUGAAGUUCAGAUCUGGAGCUGUUACUCUUACAAUGACAACCAGCAAUGGUCUUUUACCGAGGUAGAGGAGGUUGAUGAGUCGUGUACCGAAUCGACCACGGUGUCUUCUACCGUCGUGUCCACCGCUACCGCCUCCGUCUCUGAUGUUUCUGCCGAGGAAUCUGUUACUUCUACCGCGUCCAUUGCCAACAGCACCGAGUCUGUCUCUGCCAGCGAGGUUUACGGUAACGAGACUGCCCCUCUCACCCAAUCUGCUAGCGAGACUGCUUCUGCCGGCGAGCUCUAUCAGACCGCUUCUGCCACUGCGUCUUACGCCAACGAGACUGUUUCUGCCACACAGUCUUACGGUAACGAGACUGCCACCGCGUCUUACGCCAACGAGACUGUUUCUGCCACACAGUCUUACGGUAACGAGACCGCGUCUGCCACCCAGUCUUUCGUCAACGAGACCGCCUCUGUGACCGACUCUGACGCGUCUUACGCCACCGAGUCUGCCUCGUACUCGCUCAACUCUACCGCCACCCUCUCUUCUGACCUUGCCAACGCGACUUCUACCAACAGCUCUCUUGGUGGCAACCUCUUGGCUCCCGGUGCUUCCGAGAGCGCUACUUCCAGCUCUGACGACUGGUGGGCUACUACCACUUCCGAUGCUUGGGCGUCUGCCACCGCCUCUGUGUCUGUCGGAUGGUCGUUCAACUCUUCCGAGCCUACUGCUAGCAACUCUUCGUCUGAUGCCUGGGCUUCUGCCACUGCUUCUGCCACCAACCCUUGGGAGACUGCCUCCAACUCUUCGUCUGAUGCUUGGGGCUCCGCCACCGCGUCCUCUUCCAACGCUUGGGAGACGGCUUCCAACUCUUCCUCCGACGCUUGGGAAUCUGCCACUUCCUCUGCGACCAACCCUUGGGAGACUGCCUCUUCUACUGCCAGCGAUCCUUGGAACGUGACUGCUACUGCCAGUGCUUCUGACGCUUGGAACUCGUCUUCUUCUACCGACUCUUGGGGGGCGUCUGCCACCGCCUCUGCCACCGCUACCACUGCCACCUCUGCCAUCUCUGCCACUGCUUCUGUCGGCAGCAUGUCUUCUGGCAAGCUUCAGACCAGCGGUACCAAUAUUGUCGACUCUGACGGCAACACUGUUGUCCUCAGGGGUACCAACAUUGGUGGUUACUUGGUGCUUGAAGACUGGAUGUGCGGUAUCACCGACGACACUGGAUCUUCCGACCGAUUCUCUCUUUCUACCCUUGAGAACCGAUUCGGUACCGACCAGGCUCGAGUUCUUGUUGAGGCUUGGGCCGACACUUGGCUCACCGACGCCGACUUUGACGAGCUCGUCGAGAUUGGAUUCAACGUCAUCCGUCUUCCUUUCUCUUUCCGAACUGUACAGAAUGCCGACGGCUCUUGGAGGGACGAUGCGUUCACCAGGAUGGACUGGGUUAUCGCCAACGCCAAGGCCCGUGGUAUCUACACCAUUGUCGACUUCCACAUGUGGCCCGGACAGGAGGAUUCUUACUCUGCCAUCUCUGAGAACACGGACGACGGUGCCAGCCAGCGUGCGGCUGUUGCGGAGAUCUGGAGGCAGGUCGCCGAGCACUAUAUCGAUGAGCCUGCCAUCUUUGGUUACGAUGUGAUCAACGAGCCUACUGGUUCUUACGGUGACUACCUCCAGCAGGACCUUUACACCGCUGUUAGGUCUGUCGACUCUGACCGUAUCAUCAUUCACGAGUCCAUAUCUACCGACCCCUCCACUUACGGCUGGACCAACGUCAUCUACUCUAUGCACGAGUACAACAUGAUGGGCUCCGAUUUCGACUCCAACAGGGAGCAGUGGGCCAGCGGUGUGCAGCAGUACAUUGACACCUGGUCCGGCUACGGCAUCCCCACUCUUCUUGGUGAAUUCAUGGCCGACGGUGACACCCUCGACUACAUCCUCAACCAGGCCAACGGCCAGGGUCUCUCUUGGCUCUCUUGGGCCCACUCUACCGUCAACAUGGGUCGAUGGGGUCUUUGGAACCACGGUUCCUUCAACGUCAACGUCGGCACCGACGACUAUGACACCAUCCUCGCCGCUUGGUCCAGCAUGCCUUCCACCUACCACACCAGCGUCUACGACCAAUUCAAGGCUGGUGCCUCUGGGUCUACCAGCGUGAGCAGCAAGAGGGAUGCCAUUCCCUUUGCUCCCCGAGCGCAGACGACCAAGCGACUCCAUGCUAGCCACGGAGGUAGGUCCAGGAGGGCUGGUAUGGGCAUGGCCCACGCUGCUAGGGGUGUUGUCUCCGUCUAA